ACUGUUGGGAGCCCGAGACUCGCUCCUCGCCCCACCCCUAGGGGCGGACCCGACUUGACUUAAACUCCGGGUCCCGGGAGGCCGGGGGCGUUCUCCCGCUUCUCAGGGUUUGGUUUGAACGCCGUCCUCAGCGCUUCUCGAACCGAAGAAACAAAAGCUCUGGGUGGAAGGGAUUGACCUGUGAAAGGACAUGUAAACAUACAGUAUUUAAAGAAUCUUACCAAGUUAUUGAGGGUCUCAGUUGCUCAGGCUGGCUUUGAAUUGGGAUCCUUCUGCCUCAGUCUCCAGAGUUGCUGAAAUUACAGGUUCCUGAUAUUCAAAAACAACAUUUUUAUUCCACUGCUACCAUAUCACACCAGUCAUGAGUUGGAAUGCAAAGCCAGAAAGUGAUAUGUUACCACCACCACCACCACCACCAUAUAAUAAAAGCCAGUCAUCUGUUCUGCACCAGUUUUUUAUAAACCAGCUUACCACAACAUCUCCAAGUUCUUUUAGCUAUCUUGGAAAUAAUGAAGCAUGCAUGUAUUCCAGUAAUUCAAAUCCAGUUUCACAGUAUCCCAGUAAUUCAAAUCCAGUUUUACAACCAGUGAAAAAUAUCAGAAAUUACAAUACUCCUCAAAUUCCUGUUUCUAAUACGCAAAACAGGACAGUGAUGGCCUCACAAACAUCAGUAGAAAGAAUAACAUGCGCACAAUAUACUGGACCCAGACAACCAAAUCAUAAUUUGCAAGUGUCUUCAGGAGUUUCGCAAAAUGUAUGGUUGAAUUCAUCAUCGAGGAAUUCCAUGCCUUCUCAUAUAGAGGCAGCUGUAUGUCAUCAGGCUGAUGUUGGAACUAAUAUGUCUAAUGCUCAUGCACUACAGAGUCAACUUGUAUCAUCAGAUAGGUAUUCUUUGCAACUACAAAUGAACACUUCAAAUUCUAUAAGAGCUCCUGUAACUUUUCAAGGAGAUCAGGGACUUAGCCAAUCACUAUCAGAUCGACAGGUUGAUUGGGUGCAACAGUAUACAUCAAAUGAACAGACUUAUCGUGAUUAUAGACGACCUCCAAAGCAAUACUCUUAUUCACCACAAAGAUUUUUACAAGAGCCAGCUGUUCAGAAACAAAACAUUGUGCCACAAAGCUUUUUGCAAGAGCCAGCUGUUCAGAAACAAAACAUUAAGCCACAAAGCUUUUUGCAAGAGCCAGCUGUUCAGAAACAAAACAUUAAGCCACAAAGCUUUUUGCAAGAGCCAGCUGUUCAGAAACAAAACAUUGCACCACAAAGCUAUUUACAAGAGCCAGCUGUUCAGAAACAAAACGUGCUAUCUACAUCAUCUCAAGUUAAAAAUUGUCAGCUUCCAACCUUAACACACGUUUUACAGUCAUCACAGACUCUGCCUGUGUCCUCAUGUCAAUACCCUACACAAACAAACAAAAGACCCCCUCCUCUUCUUCCUUACCCUUCCGGAAAUGGAAGCCAGCCUUUGCCAAAUUCUCAACAUGUUAUAAAAAACUUGCCUACGGAAGUUCCUCAGAGUCCUGAAGUGUACUCAUCUGAACUAAAAGACUCAACUAAAGGCUUUCAUCAGCCCUGGCCAAACAUUAGUGAAAAUUUUCACACAAUUGGAAAUUUCUGUGAUUUGAAAGUACAUACUAAUAUCGAACAGCCUUUUAAUGAACCAGUUAGAUCUUCUGUGGAUAGUGUUCAGAUUCCUGCUCAAAAUAAUCAAGAGAAAAGAAUGGAUUCCUGCAAUCCAGCUUCAAAUCCGGUACUAUACACGAAAGAAAAGUUAGUGAGAGAUAUUAAAUCAUUGGUAGAAAUUAAAAACAAGUUUUCAGAACUUUCAAGGAAAAUUAGAAUUAAUAAAAAUCUUCUAAUGGGUUAUAGGAAAACAGCAAAUAGCUCUUGUAGUGAACCAGCUCAGCCUUCUGAAUUCUCAACCCAAGGAAUAUCUGCUAAAAGUGACAGUCACUGUUCCAUGGAAUUGCUAACAACAUGUCUUAAUCUUUGGAAGAAGACACCAACAACAGCAACAGAAGAAACUUCAAAACCUUCAAAGGAAAAGCAGUGUAAUGAAUUAAAAACAAACACAACUGCGCAUGGAAUUUCAAUGACUACAGAGGGUGAUGAGAAGGGGUUUUGUUCAGUUGAAGGAAAUUCUCAGAAUAAAAGGGCAGAGUCAUCCCAGGAAACAACCUUGACAAUGAUAACACAAAAUUAUGACUCUUCUGGUGCAAAUGUAACCAAGGGGACAGAACUUCAGAUUGCUAUUGUGUCACCCUUGAUUCUUUCAAAUGUCAGAUCAUUGCCUCACAAAAGAAUGACACCUGAAGCUUUACCUGAACUGGUGUAUCCAGUUAUCAAAGAAGGUAGUAUUUGUAGCUUACAAAGUCAAAUGGAAAAAAAUAAAAUAGUGGAUACUUCAGUGAACGUCAAUGUUAACAGUCCAGUAGCCAAUACUACAAUGUCAACCAAUGCUUUUCCACUAACUCAGAAGGAAAAGCAGAAUGAGCCAACUAGUGGUAAUUCAGAACACACGCCUAAUACCAGUCAAGGAAAGCACUGUCCUCUGGGUGAUCAGCAAGCCUCAUAUAAAUCAAACAGCAUUUCUGUUGAGAGUGAUGAUAUAUUACUGAUUGAAAAUAUUUGUUCUCUUGUUGAAGGCGAUGUAACUUAUAAUUCUCAAAUAGCAAAGAUAUUCAACUCUUCCCCUUUGGAAAAGAUCGACCCACAGAAACUCACUUCAUCCUAUCAGCAAGUGAUUAAUAGCAGUCAACAAAAAGAACAAGUAGAUAAUACCACUACAGAUAAGGACCUUGGUUUUCAAAGAGAUGAAUGUGUGCAGUGCACAGAUGUACCUCAUGAAACAGUUGAUCAUUCUGAGUCACUGGAACCUCCAGGGUCAUUAUCUUUUAAGUAUAUUGAAACAAGCAGAGGAAUUCCAGAGGAAAGCAAUUUAGAACAAACCAUUGAAAAGGAAAGCACAGGUGAAGAUGUACAUUGUUCACCCCCCACAAUUCAGCAGAGUAUUUACCCUCAAGAAAUCAAGGCAGCCAGUGAUGUCACUACCCAAGAUCCUGCAAGAAAGAUUCAUGAUGAUGACACACCCAUGUUUUAUCUACAUGACCAGCUCUCAGAACUUCUAAAAGAGUUUCCCUAUGGCAUUGAAGCUGUGAACUUAUGUGCAAAGUCUGGGGGCCAAAAAGUGACAGGUCAAAUCUCACAAGAUCAAACUGGCGAUAAAACCAUUUGUGAUUCUAAGGACUCCACAGACCAAAUACAAAUUACCAUAUUAAGCUCAGAAAAAAUGAAAGAAUUAUUUCCCGAAGAUGUUGAACCCUGUGAUGUAGACACAGAGGAAGCCUCUGAGGUAGAUAGGUUGGCAGAAUCUCAGACAGAGAAGCCUAUAGCAGAAAGGAGCCUGUCUGACCCACAAGCAACUACCUGUUGUGAUUCUGUAACAUGGGAACCAGAAAAGGACAAAAUCCAUUGCUGUGCAUUGGGUUGGCUCACAACGGUCUAUGAAGGAGUACCUCAAUGCCAGUGUGAUUCCAUCAAGAGUUCCACCCCAGAGGAGGAGAAAGGGAAGGAUCACUGUUCUCCUUUGGAGACCAAGAGUUAUAAACAAGGAAAGACAACCUCAGAGAGUGAUAUCACUAUCCUUGAAUUUAAUGUGUCAGAUAAUCCAAAGACAACUCUUAAUCUGGUGGCUGAGAAAAAUAAUUUUCCUGAAAUAUGUGGUGAGAGUAUAAAAAACACAUCUGAAACAAAGAACUGCUCGCUAAGGACAGAACAGGAAUUACCUGGUCAGUUCUCUAAAUGUGAUGGUGAUAAAAAGGACACAUCUAAAGUGAAACAGGACAGCUCCCUAAAAGAAAAAGAAUUGAAUUGUCAAUUUUCACCAAAAGGCAACAAACUAGAUGACUUGCAAAGUAAUACAAGAAAAAGAAAAUUGAAAUUUCAUGAAGUGUCUUUUCACUUGACUAAUAAAAUGACAAUGGUUUGUGAAGAAGCUUCCCAGGUAAACCAGCAGGAGAAACACAUACCACAGAACUCUCGUCCACUCCAAGUGAAAACUAAAGAGCUACAUAGGAGGAAUGGUUCUUUGGGACAUUCAUUAUCACCAGAAAAGAAAAAAUUUAAGUUUAGGGUAGGUAGCUCCAAACAAAGACAUACAGAAGAAAGAAAGUUAGACCAAGGGAACAUACUGGAUGGGGAGAUAAACAAGGAAAAAUCUGAUAAACAGGAACAGAAGAAAAAUGUGGGAGGUGCACUCAAAUUCUGUAAUAUUUUGUCAAACCCUAAUGAGAGAGACAGUGUUAAAGAAAACACAAAGUCCUCAGACUUGAAGCAUAAUUCAUCUAAGAAAAUCAUAACACCGCAGGAAUAUUUACAAAGGCAGAAGCAUAAAGAAUGGAUGGCCAACAAAACAUCAGAGAAGACGUGUGUUAACAAUGUACCACAUGAUUCUGAUGGGAGGCCCAGUCAGCUUCCUGUGCAGAUGGGGAACUCUGGGAAACCAAAUGAGAAACCAGGCAGCAGUACAGAGGCUUCUAAAGAACCAGCAAAUGUGUUGACCAGCAAUGUUAAAAGCCUCAAACUCCACCAUUCUGAGAAGUCUAAGAAUGACAAUUCAAGGAAUGUUAAAGGAAGAGCUGAGCACAUGUUGCCUGACAAAGUGUGUACUGAUAAAACCAAAGCCAACCAAAAAUCCACCAAUACAAGUAGUGAAGUUGAAUUACACCAAAUGCCUCCCCAAGCAAACAAGCAAAGAAAAUUGUAUCUGAACAGAGUUGCGUUUAAGUGCACGGAACAGAAAAGCAUUUGUCUCACCCAGUAUGACAGUUCACCACCCCAAAAGCUUCAAAAAGACAAAGAGCAGGAAAAGGACCCUCAAAACUCUUCUCCUGUGAAAGACACCACAGUAAAACCAAGCAUGUUAGAGUUUAAAUUAUGUCCAGAUGUACUGUUAAAGAAUGAAAACUCUGUCAAAAAAGGGAAUGAUCAGAAGCCUCAUUCUAAGGAGCAAGAGCAACCCCCCGUGCAAGUUUCAGGAAUAAAAAGUACAAAAGAAGAUUGGAUAAAAUGUGUAACUGUGAAGAAAAGGAAGCAAGAAACCAGCCAAGAAACAGAUGAGACUAAUUUAAGACUUUGCAAGAGAAGCUUCAGUGCAGAUGGAUUUGAGAAAGUACCAAACCCUAUAAAAGAUUCAGUGUUUCAGACCUACAAACAGAUGUACCUGGAGAAAAGAAGCAGAAGCCUUGGUAGCAGCCCUGUAAAGUAAUCCCAAGAUGUGGUUUUAUAAUUGCCACUAGGAAGUUCUGUUACUUUCUGUUCAGCAUCUUGCUGGAAAUAACUCAGGAUUGCUUCCACAAUAAAGAUUUCUCAUCCAGAGAA